GCGACUUUUUGUGCCAGAGUUGCAGUAUGUUUCCCGCUCGACAUUCUGAGUCCAAACAGAUUCACAUGGCGUUUGCUUAAAGCGUUGAUCAGUUCUGGAGGACAAUUAUUUUUUUCCAUCUAAUGUGAGAUCUCAGCUGUCUUUGGAAUGAUGUGGACCUUACAUGACAAUAUUGGAUUUGUGCUCUUUUCCUGUUUGUCCAUUCAAGUUGGAUUUUCUCUUGACGGAAAGUUUACCGAUUUACCUUCUAACAUCACUGCCAGGGAAGGGCAGAACAUUGAAAUGGCAUGUGCCUUUCAAAGUGGGAUGUCCUCGGUUUACUUGGAGAUCCAGUGGUGGUUUAUUCGUGCUCCGGAGGAACCGAUUACAAGUGAUGAGGAUGAGGAUGAUACAGAGAUGGAGCUGAUUCCAGAACCAGACCCUGAUGAAGAAGGAACCAAAAUAAGUACAGUUAAGGUACAGGGCAAUGACAUCUCCCACAAGCUGCAGAUCUCUCGGGUGAGCAAAAAUGAUGAGGGCUUGUAUGAAUGUCGUGUCACAGAUGCCAACUACGGAGAACUCAAGGAGUACAAGGCUCAAGCCUACCUGAAAGUCAACAUCACUAUCCGACCCCGCAAUCGGGCCAUCAAGAAGACCUCGCCACUGCACUUGACUGAUAAGAAACCCCGCAAGAGCAGCUCAGCUCUGGGACAGGACAGCAACGGCAUGAGUUCGGACCAGAGAUCCCAGUCCACUUCUACCUCUCAGACAUCACACUCCAAAACAAUUAAACACAGCAAUGGGUCAGGCACGAGGAUAGCCACAAGUAAUGGACUUGUUAUUCUUCUCCUCACAUCUGGCCUCAUGAGGGGAGCAUGGUUAUAGUUCCAAGACAGUUACUCUUUUUUUUUUUUCAGAAUCACUUGUUUUUCAGAGCCAAGAGAAAAAUGCUUGCUAUUCGGAUGGAGCGGACAGCACAGUUGUCCCUUACUUCAAACCACUACACCAAACCCAAUGUAGUCUAAUGAUCGUCACCAGAAGCACCUUUGUUUCAAAAGCCUAGGAAAAUAAAACUGCCAUACUGGACACGUGCUUAGCACUCCAAAUCAAACAGGAGACAAAAAUGGACACAGACUCUUAUGGGAUAUAUCACCAAUAUAUAUUUUUCAUUCGUUUUUGUUCUAUCUCCAGCUGUGAAUUUAAUACAUUGCUCUGAAGUUCGGAAGAGUCUAUAUUUGUGUAACAUAUGAAUAUAUGAACAGAUAUACAGUAUAUAUAAGAAUGUGAUUUAAAAUGCCCCUUCACUCUGUACAGCUGCCAUUUAUUCAAGUACAUUCAUAUGCAAAGACAGCUUUGAAAGCAAAAGAAAACAAGAAAACUACAGUACCACGGCUUAGUACAUAAUGUCUCGAACGCUAAUUGAGCUCUGCUUUACUAUGUGGCAAUUCACAGUGUUUGCAUUAAUACAGAUUUAAUGUGUUUAUUUUUUGGCAUAACAAAUGUGAGAAUAUUUAUUUUUUCAUCCAUCCUAUGAGUUUAUGUUGUAUACUCAAUGACAGCAAAUGCCAUAUGUAAAAGUCAUGUUGAGUUAGCAUGUAUAGAAACUAAUUUAGCAUGUGAGAAAAGUAGUCUACAACUGGAAUCUAAAUCACACACCAUAACACCAUUCAAGGGCAUUGUUGAAUUUCAGAGUAGUUUGUUUCACACCUCGAAAGAUAUUGUUUGUGUUCAUUUUAAAUAAAUAUCCCAAGACUUCAACCUUCAAACCACUAAAGGUGUUAUAUGACCUUUAGUGCUGUUGAAUUUUGUGAUUAUGUCCUUCGAAACAUCUCAAGGAUGAUUCACCUGCAUUUAAGUGUUGAAGAUGAUUGCUUUGCACCACUUGAAGCAACUGUCAUUUCCAAUGUGUUUACUGUCAAAAUCACGUCGCACCAGACCAUUGGAUUUCCUCUUUAGCUGACAAAAUCAAUAGUUGGAUUGGUUUUCUCAAGUUUUUAAUUAAUCGAGGAACAUCUUAAUUCCUUUGUUACAAUCCAAUACAUUCGUAUUCCCCUGUUUCCAUUAUAUAUUUGCAGAGUGACAUUGGGAGAGUUGGCUUUGCAUGAUACCUCUCAGAUCUACUGAGGUUUUGUUUUAGUCUAUCCAGUUUUGCUUCGUUCUGAUGACACUUAAGCACUAAAAAAUCCCCACUAACAAGCUUGAAACCUUUGAGCAUCACACAGUGGAAUCUAAUGAUAGCAGGAUUUUUAUGUGAGGCAAAGGUACAGUGGGGUCCAAAAGUCUGGGAUUUUCUGGAUUUCUUUUCAUUUUAUUUUAUGUAUUUCAUUUUAAUUAAUUAAUUUAUAGCUGGUAAUAAACACAUUUAUAAGGAUUCUGCAACAUUUACAACAACUGAAAUGUUAUGACUUGAAAUUAAAAAUAAAUAUUUAAUAUUACACAUAAUUCAAACACAGCAUAAAUCAAAAGUAAUCAAAUUUGUGACAUUGACCACAUAAACUCUUUUGUACAAAAGGUCAGAUUUUUAUGCUGGAUAACACGGAUCACCAGGCUAUCCAUUAACUUGUGGAGUUUAUGCCAGCUUAAGCUCGCAAAAUAUUAUUUAAAUUGUUGAUAAUAUAAUUUUAUUUACAAAUUGUGUAUUGCAUUAGAAAUCUGCUAAAUGCAUUUUCAUUAGUAGUCUUAGGCUGGGUUUCCCACAGCAUUAAAUAGAACUUUAUCUAAGUAGUACGUAAAAACGUUUGUGAUUUAACAAAAGCUUUGAACCACUCUUAAGUCCAUUAAGUGCAACUUUUUCACAUCUUUCACAGUUGUUCAGAGACAACAGUAAAUUUAAUCAAUUAUAUUAAUAUAUUUUGAUCAUUGGAAAGCCAUUGUACAUUGUUUCAGAGGAUAAAAAAAUGAAAUCAGCUGGCAGUCUCCGUAGACUGCAAAUGCAAUGAGAUAUGUUUAAAUUAGGUCUAGAGAUAGGUCUAAAUUUACAUUACACAUAAUAUAGUAUAACGUUUUAUUAGCCUUCUUUGAUAAUCAUAACUAUGAGAGCAAUAUAAUGACGAUAUGUUCUUUUACUGUUUUUCUCCUGUUCCUCCUUCCAAUGGCUGGUUCAAAUAGUCCUAUAGUCUGUUUGCAUGCACUGUAAAUCCUAAUACUCAAAAUAAUUCAUUGUUUCAGGGAGUAGAGAAAAAUGAAAUCAUACAAAUUAGUUAAAUUAACCUUGAUGUGUAUUUCAAAUGUUUGAGUUCACAAAAAUGAAACAUUUUAAGUAAUCUGAGUUGUUUUAUUGUUUUAUGUUUAAUGAACUUACAUGAACUUAAAGUUAACUGAAACUUUAUAUUUCCAAGCAUGCUUUACAUGACACUUGACAGGGAGAGAAAAUUUUAAAAUUAAGUGUUAUAUAAUGUGUCUUUGUACAAGAUUAAUGUUUAUUGUUAUUUAGAAGAGUUUCUGUUAUAUUAAAGAUUUUUGGGAUUACCAUUAUGGUAAAGAGUGGAGCUUGAGCUUAGGUUGAGGACAUGUACAAUUUAAGAUUAUUUUACAGUACAUUACUAAACUCCCUGCGCAAUUGCUAUGCUAAUCAACACAUAGUGUUUCCAAUUCAGCAUGCUAGCAUGCACUGUGCUAGUUAGCUCUAGCUAGUACUAGCUAGUAGUGAUGGGAUGAUUGGAUCAUUUCACUGACUUGAAUCUUUGAGUCUUGUUUAGCAAAAUGAAGAAAUGUUUUUUCAAGUUAUUUCAUUCAUUUGAGCAGAAUUAAAUUAUAAUGUCACAUUUUCAGUAGCCAAAAAGAGAAGACAAACUCCUAGAUAUUUUGGAGAAAUUGAUCAGCACCUUUGACCGGACAGCUUCUUUAACGAAGCACUUAUGUUUUACUUUAUAACAAGUUAUUUAAAUGCUUGUUUGGGAAACAGGCAUUACUCCAGUGUAAAAGUAUAUGUUGCAACGCUAUCGGGAAAUCCAGCCUUAGACUUUUGGGCACCAGUGUAUUUUUUAUGUCCAGGAUAUACAAAAGGCCUUUAAAAUGAUAUAUUCCUUAAGAUCUCCCAUGGUGCAUGCAUCAGCAUUUACAAGCUGGUUAAAAAUAACAAUAUCUGACAUUAACCAAACACUGUGUUAUCAAGAGCAACAAGACAUCCCAAAAGGAAUUUCAAGGUUUUGAAAAUAAAGUGAAGCUGUGGCUGAUGGAACUCAUUCUAUUUGGCAUUCUGCUCUUGCAUUGAUGUCUGGUGUUAUGUAUGCUUUUUUAUUAUUGUGAUUUAACCAAAGACUGCUGAGAUGAGCACAUUGCAGUAUUGUUUACAAAGUACACGACUCCCAUACCAUGUAUUAUGCCAAAUGCUCUGUUUUCAAAAACUAAUUUUCUCACAUGGUAGAGUUGUGCUUUGUGUUUGUUCUUCAAUGUUCAAAGCAAUUGCAUUAGGGUUACAGUAGGAUUUAAAAACAUAAGUAAUAGAAUCUCACAACAACAAACACAAAGCCAACAUAGAAUGCUGCUAAUUUAAAUACAAAGUUUAUGUCACACUUUACAUUGCAGUGUCCAUGUUGCACUUUACUUACUGUACAUGAGAAAGUUUGCAUAAGUAGCCUACUCACAAACAAUGCACUUCAUAUGUAAUUAAUUUGUGGAGCAGCUUGUAAUUACGCAUCAUUAUUGUUUUUGCUAUUUUGAUAGCUGGCUAUGUGUAACAUUGACACAGUUUUUUUUGUACUGUUAUGGCUGUAUAGUGACUGAUCCAUAAACCACAAAAUAAGAGGCCAUGAAACAAAAAAUAUAACAUGAUAUUUCAUUGAAUAAUGCGACAAGACAUUGCCAAAUUGUACUCUUUAUAAUUGGAAGGCUAAUACCAAGACAUAAAACCAGCUGUGGCCUCGAAAUUCAUUUUAUAUUAAUUGGGUAACAUGACUUCAGAGCAGCUGCUAUCUGAGAGUCCUUCAAUAUUAAAGUGCAGUGUUGGUUUGUUGAGUAGGCUUAUCUACAUAAAAGUUUGUUACUUUAAGAAAUCACUUUAAAUGGGGCACACAAUAAUCCAAAUGUAUGUGUGAUGUAAAUAGACAAAACACUUUGUCAAAACCAAUCAGCUGAAUUUUUACGCAGAACACCUGUGGUUUCAUUUUAGAUGUUAAUCAACAAUCUAGUUUGAAAUUAUAAAACUACUGUAACGUACUUCAAAGUACAAAGACAAACUCGUUUCAUAAAUAGGUUUAUGAAGUGGAGCAUUUUAAAAAGGAUUUAGAUCAAUAUAUUUGAUGCCUUGUACAGCCUGUGUAAAAGUCAAUGUAAACUUAACAAACAGCAUGACUUAUUUCCAUUUCUUAUUCUUUCCUUUUUUAUUCAGAAAGGAAGAAAAUGUAUAUGUGUAUGGAAUUACAAUUAA